AUGCAGAUGGUCAUCCCGACGACGGAGUCGACGUUCCACACCAUUGCCCACAUCCGGCCCACGCGCUACGUGUGCCAGGCGCCCAUGUCCGUGACCAAGGAGCUGGUUGCUGGACAGCGAGCUGAAGCGGCUGCGCAAGAAGGCAUUGGUGCUGAAGGCGGUUAUACCGCAAGCACGGGCGCUGCUUCUGCCACUUCUGCUGGCACUGCUUCUUCUGCUUCUGCCGCUGCUGGCGACGAUGGCGUUGGCUCGAGUGAGCGGACAGCACACGCAGGAGGGCCUGUCGACCUCAGUGCCCACGCAGCGCUUGGAGGUCCGCGCAAGGAAGUGGCGGCGGCGUCGGAGGUGCUGCUGACCACGUGCAAGAGGCUGUUCCCGGCCAAGGUGAAGCAGGCCGUGUGGGAGCUGCAUGCGGAGAUUCGCGAUGGAAGCAUCAACAACGCCCGCGACAUGAACGCCGAGAGGAGCGGGCCCCUGCGGUACAACGAGGCGCGCGUGACCACGUCCGACGGCUGCGGACCUGAAGACGGCGUACCGCGCGCUGCCGACGACGGCGCGGGACAACAACAUUCGCUCGCUGGCCACAUGCGCGCUCGGGUGCGGCGCCUUCCGCUGCUUGAGGUGAUUGACGAGGUGGGCCGCGACGGUACGUUCUUCGACACGAUCCGCGUGACCAUCAUCACCAAGGACGUGAGCACGCUGUUGGCGUUUAAGCAGACGUUUGAGAAGUACUAUGGCGAGAAGGUGGGCAGUGGGCUGUAUGAGGACCUGCAGCGCAGCGCACUGGAUGCGCCGGCCGACGAGACGCCAGCUGACCCCAUCCACACGUGGCUGUAUACGGGGCCAACGUACACGGAGCCGCCCUCCAAGGCGGAGCUGGACAACAAGGCCGCGUGGAACGGGUUUACGCACGACGCGACGCUCCUGAUUGAGAACGCCUUCAACAAGUACCGGGCUGCCAUCAUCGCUGCCAAGCACAAGCGCAGCAAUGCUGAUGAUGAAGAUGUUGUUGUUGGCAAUGGUGAUGAUGAUGAUGAUGAUGAUGAUGAUGAUGAUGUUGGUAAUGGUGAUGAUGGUGAUGGUGAUGAUGAUGAUGAUGAUGAUGAUGAUGAUGAUGAUGUUGUUGUUGUUGGCAAUGGUGGUGAUGGUGAUGAGCAGGGCGGCAGCGUCGGCAAGCACAAGGGUGUUGCUGUUGGCGGGGUUGCUUUGGAGCAUGCGCGCGAGAUGCUCAAGGAGAUGACAAAGCCGUGCGGGCGCUUCCCCGACAAGUAUCUGCACAAGGAGCACUACAAGAUGAGUGAGGAAGACGCCGCCCGCGUGGUGGCCGAUGCCCGUGCAGCCGCGGCUGUGGAGGGCGAGCGCAACAUGCGCCGGACGGUUAAUCCCGGUGUCCUGCAGCGGUGGCUGGAGUACAAGAACCGCAAGGCGUGGAAGUCGGCGCGCUUCUUCAAGAUCCAGUGGUUGACCGCUACUUCACGGUGGACUUCCAGGACCACUGGGUCGUGUGCAGAACGUGCCACUGUUCAAGCGGCACUUGGAGAGCGUGCACCGGGUGUACUGGCGGCCCGCGCCACCAAAAAAAAAAACCUGUCCAACGUCAUUGCGCCGCUCUCUGGCGACGAUGACUGCAACGUGUUUGAGCACCGCCUGCUGCACGGCAUCUGCAGGAGGGAGCUUGGUCUGACCAUCAACUACGCCAGCGUGGAGGGCUACUUUGGCUCGGGCUUGUAUUUCAGCGGCGACCCGUCGUUUGCUGUCAAGUGUGGCCACCACGAGGGCAGCGCAACAGACAAGCACGACACCACCAGCGAGCGGCGCGUGUAUGUCGAUGUGUCGACGCCCCAGCCGAAUGACGUUGCUGUUGGUUCUGCUGAUCAUGGUGUCACUGCAACUGCUGUUGCUGCUGCUCCUGCUCGCCAUGGUGCUGACGAGGGAGAAGGAAGUGGCCGAGUUGCCGCUGGUGAAGAGAGUGAAGGCACCUCGGGUGGUGCUGAGGGUGCUGGUGGAUGCACAACUGCUUCUGCUGGGAGCGUGUUAUACGAUUUCGUUCGCGCUAUCGACGGCGAUACAGAGAUGUUUGUCAUCUACGACAACGGCAUGUGCUACCUGGAGUACAUCAUCUACUUUGACGAUGAUGCUGUUGAUGUGGAGGUGGAAGUGGACGGGGACGAAUCAGAGGAUGUGGAAGAAGAAGUAGUCGCGCCAGUUGUCGGGGAAGGGGAGAGUGAUGAUGACCGUGGAGAUGAUGCUACUGCGGACGUGGAAGAUGCUGGAGCGAGGGGCAUGCGACUCACGGCUGGGAGUGAGGAUGGUCGUGGUGAUGCUGAUGGUGAUGAUGGUCUGCCACGUGAUGGUGGCGAACAAUUACAACGACCUCCAUCAUCCCACAGCGAUGUUUCUGGUGAUGAUGCCGUCGCUGAGAACAACGGCUACGGGGUGAACGGAAUCAGAGGUAGCCCUCAAGACAACAACAGCCCCAACAACAACCAGAACAACCACAACCUGAACAUUCUUGGCAAUGCCAGCUAA